GGGCGGCACCCGCACUAACGACAUGGAGCAUGUCAAAGAAGACUUUCGCGAGGAUAGGUCGAUCCUUCAGCUCGCUACAGACGUCCUAUUGCUUCCCAUCCGCAUCGCCACGUCUCCAGCACUGCUGAAGACAUACCUCAGCACAGCACUACUCUUCAUCACAUCCACCAUACUCUUUGGCGUCGCAGUCGUUGCAUACUCGUCUUUCUACUACACGUAUAUACCUGUUCGCGGCAUAACGGUGCCGGUAUAUCUCCAGUACGACCACAGUUCGCCAUUCGUUUUCAACAGCGCUCAGCCAGAUGGCCUACCAACGGGCAAGCUUGCGAAGUGGCCGUACGGGCUCGCGAAUAUACCAGGCUUGGUGCAUCGACAAAAGUACGAUGUCGUGGUAGAGAUGGAUGUUCCACGUAGUGAUACAAACCUCAAGGCUGGCAACUGGAUGGUUGGGCUAGAGUUCCGGGGACCAACAACCAUCGGUCAGGGUGUGAAGCACCUGCUGGGCUGGGAUGAGGACUGGAAUAUUGAAGACCACAGUCAGGGGGGCGUUCCAGGAGCUACGGCAGAGAGAGUGGUUACAGAGGGUGCCACGAGUAACACACCGACGAUACUUGCUAGAAGCAAAAGACCGGUCCUGCUCACCUACCGCAGUCGCAUGCUCGAGAUGAUGUACCGCUUUCUACGCCUGCCACUAUACCUUGUCGGAUGGCAUACUGAGUCGGAACAUAUUGCGAUCAGCAUGAUGGAAUCUGUCAUGUUCGAGCCUGGCUAUCGCAACAUUCCGUCCUCUCUUAGGUUAGAGGUGCGGUCAAGGCUUCCGCUUGAGGUGUAUCGGGUCAGCGUACGCAUCAGCGCACGACUAGAAGGCCUUCGAUGGCUGAUGUACCGACAUUGGAUCACAAGCGCAGUAGUUGGUAUCGGUUCAUUCUGGGGCAUGGAAAUGUGCACUUUGCUAUUAAUAUGGGGUGCCUUUACCUUCGUUUUCAGUAGGGCUACUUCGCCGGCUGCAAACGAGGAUAAGAAGAUCAAGAAGGAAGAUGACGAGGCCGCACCCAAACCCGAGGCUGCUGAUGGCGCUGGGGUAGAACCAGAAACACCACACAGUGACACAAGCCGCACGUUUCCCACACUGCCGUCUCAACAGCCACUCUCCCACAGCUCAUCAACGGUCAAAGAAGAACGCGACACGACGCCCGGUCUGGAGCAUAUACCCACGCGAGAAGAAACAGAGGCAGAUGACGAAGAUGAUGAUUUUGUUCUAGAAGAACCGGUACCGCGAGGUUUAGAGCGGGAGGGUGUCUUCACUGACUCUGGCAUAGGCACGAGCCUCGAGAGUCACGUGGAGAAGGGUCUAUCGAAGAGAAGGAACGCCGGUAGUAGUCGCCGUGGACCAGGAGGCUAG